CAUGCGGUAGAAUAUUGCAGUUAGAUGCUGUACUAUAUGUACAUCGUCAUUGUGGUAGCGUGAUUUGCCGUUUGUGUUCAGCGACUGCUGAUCCUAGAACUUCGAAAAGAAAAGAUUUUAUGGUACACUUGCCUGCAUAAUUCAAUUAACCUACGGUUUUCCUUCGCGCCAGCGACUGCAACGUUUGAAACGGUUUUCGGCAGUUACGGCGGUAAAUAUGCACACCAUAGGGAAGGGUUUUGUAGCUAUCGUGACCGGCGGUGCGUCUGGUCUCGGCAAAGCAGCGGCGGAUUUCUUGGCCAGCCAGGACGCCACGGUAUUUGUAGUCGACCUCCCGAAAUCCUUUCCAAACGGUAACAAGGAUGAGAACAAUGUCCAUUUCCGUGGUGCUGAUAUUACCAGUGAAGAGCAAAUCACCACACUAAUCCAGGAAAUCCGGACCAAAUACAAUCGGCUAGAUUGUGUUGUCAACUGCGCAGGAAUAUGCAGCUGCCAUGUGGUUUUCGACACCACCACAGACAAACCACAUUCUAUGGAGGACUUCAUGAAAUAUUAUCAAGUGAACGUCUUCGGCACGUUCAACGUGAUUCGGCUAUCUGUGGCUUUAAUGCGCGAUACACAAGCGCAGCAGGACAAAAAAGGACCCGGUGUCAUCAUCACUGUGUCCAGUGUCACCAUGUAUGACGCGCCAGCUGAACAUGUCGCCUAUUCGUCUUGUAAAGCCGCUGUUGCUGGAAUGACAGUGCCACUCGCGCGCGAAUUUUCUGAGUUCGGCAUACGUGUCGUGGACAUUGCACCAGGCCCUAUGUUGACACCGAUGUUGUUGCGGGACGGGACUGGAUUUACUGCCCGAGCAUGCUUGAAGUCGUUAAUCUUCCCCGUGCGCCCAGGUCAACCGGAAGAAUUUGCCGAUGCUGUACGGUUUAUUGUCGAGAAUCCUUUUAUCAAUGGCACGACGAUUCGCCUGGACGGCGGCUAUCGGAAUCCAAUGGGGUCAAAAUAUGCAUACCAGGAAACUAGUUCGGAUAAUAAAAAUUAAUUGAACGUGUUUUACCAAUAAUAAACACUACGGUUUGACAGUUUUGAUCUUUUUGUGAAAGUUGCAAUAAUCUUGUUCGCAGUUAUAACAGAACUGGAAUUUUUUAACGCAGAGGUUUCUGACAUGCGGAUAAUGUCCGCGUCGCAGUUCAUAUUAUAUACACACUCUGACACAUACGCGUGCCUGUAUUAGUUUCUUAAAUUUUGAUAAAAUGUUUG